UUAAAAGCUCUUUUAAAAACACAAUGGCGGCAGAUGAUACACCCUGCUCAGAGUUUAUAAACUGGGAGGUUGACUCUUCAAUUUGUAAUGGAUUCAAACAGGAGAAGCAACUUUCUGCCCCACAAAGGAGAUACUACAGCUUCUGCAGGAGAAAGUCAUUUGCUGCCUUUGUGGCAUCCAAGAAGGACAGUAGUCACGAGGAAGGAAGCCCUUUGUGGUGCUGCUGCGGCCAGACGUUCAUCGAGCACGCCGCCAUUCACAAACACGUGGCCAGAGUGCACAAUGCUGAAAUACAGCAGCUCGCACAAGACGAGUAUGAGCAUUUGUUUAACCAACUGGAAGAAGAGCCCGAAGCAGCGCAGGUGAAUGAGCACAGUGGAGAAACGGUGGACGUCUCUGUGUGGAUUCCCGAUAUCAGCCACAUCUGUGAGGAGCAACUUAAAAACGGUCCAGGCAGGGUUCUGCUUUACUAUCACUACUGUCGCGUCGAGGAGCCACAUGUCAUCUGUGCUUGGCAGAAAGCUCUGUGUGAGAAGCUCCACUUAACGGGCAAGUUGAGGGUGGCGACUGAAGGCAUCAACGGAACAGUUGGUGGCACAAACUUGGCCACUGACAUUUACAUAGAAGCAAUGCGUUCACAUCCGCUGUUCGAGAUGGAUGAGGAGGAUUUUAAGACCAGUGACGGUGGCGCAGAGUGUUUUACAGAGUUGAAGGUUGGGGUCUACAAGGAGAUUGUCCCAAUGGGAGUGGACCCAGAUCUUAUAUCUUACCAGCUGGCAGGAGUUCAUCUGGAGCCCGACGAGUUUCAUAAAGAAGUGGAGGCUCUUCUGACUAAAGGAGAUUUAUGCAAUGACACCGUCCUCCUGGACUGCCGCAACUAUUAUGAGAGUAAAAUUGGGCAGUUCACUCAGUGCCUGGCGCCAAAUAUCCGUAAGUUCAGCUACUUCCCAGACUACGUGGACCAGAACCUUGAGCUGUUCAGAGACAAGAAGGUUCUGAUGUACUGCACAGGAGGGAUCCGCUGUGAGCGUGGCUCCGCCUACCUCCGCUCCAAAGAUGUGUGUAAGGAGGUUUACCAGCUGAAAGGUGGAAUUCAUAAGUACCUGGAGCGUUUCCCCGAGGGGUUCUAUCGUGGAAAGCUUUUUGUGUUUGAUGAACGCUACGCCAUCUCCUCAAACAGUGACAUCAUCUCAGAUUGCAGGUACUGCGGCCAUCCGUGGGACCAGUACAAGCUCUGCUCCACCCAGUACUGCUGCCAGCUGGUUCUGUCCUGUCCAAGCUGCAGACAGGACGGCCACACCGCUUGCUGCCCCACGUGCCAGACCAAAGGUCAGGCUCAGUCCGAGGAGACCUCACAUCACAAAGAGGAGUGCGAGUGCACUGACGUACGCCCCAGAAUCCCUCAGGAUGUGUAAAAUGAUUAGAUUUCAGUGCUUAAAAAUAACAUAAACAUAGUGUAAAAUGUGUGUGACAGAUUUUCAAAAUAGGAAUUUUUAUACUAAUGCAUGUGGGAAAUUAAGUCAGAUACAUUUUAACUAAUGAAAAUCUAUUGAAGAAAUUGAAGAAAAUAUCUGCUGAAUCUGUUUUUAUCAUGUGAAUAUUGUGAACAUUUUGUCACUAAUGAAAGCUCAACUUCAACUUAUUGUAUGUAUAAAUGUUUCUGUUUCGUACUUUUAAACUGUGACAUAUA